GUUUGCGUGCACUUCAAAAUCUUAAUAUUCAUGUCAAAAUGUAUGAAGAAAUAAUCUAUACAAGAGGUAGUGAUGAUAUAUAAUACACAUUAUAGAACAAUUUAUAUGUAUAUUUUAUACCAUAUACAAAUCUUAUUGUUAAUUCCUAUUUUAGUUAAAAUAAAAAUAGGAAGAUGCUUUCAACGACAAUGCGUUUCAAUCAAGGCAUUGGACUUGUUAGUCUACUUCAUUUCCCGCUGCUACUCUCUUCCUUUUCAUCUUCCUCCACAUUCCGUCCUCUUCUUGUCGGAGCCAGCUCCUCCCGAUCAUCCAUGGCAGCACCGGCGAUGCCAACUCCUCCCGCGGCCAAGAAGAUGGAGCACAAAAUGGAGUUGUUCGGCGAUGUUCGAAUUGACAACUAUUACUGGCUUCGAGACGAUUCUCGCUCCAAUCCUGAAGUUCUCUCUUACCUCCGGCAAGAAAAUUCUUACACCGAAUCCGUAAUGUCUGGUGCGAAAGGUUUGGAAUCGGAGCUGUUUGCGGAAAUCAGGGCACGGAUCAAGGAAGACGAUGUGACGGCUCCGUUGCGAAAAGGACAGUACUACUAUUACGAGAGGACCUCAGAAGGGAAGGAGUAUGUUCAGCAUUGUCGUCGGCCUCUGCCACAUUCUCAAGCUCAGGUUCCACCUUCGGUCAACGAUGUGAUGCCUACUGGGGACGAUAGUCCUGAACAUGUAAUCUUGGAUGAGAAUGUUAACGCUCAAGAACAUGAUUAUUACUCCAUUGGUGCUUUUGUGGUUAGUCCCAAUCACAAAUUGGUUGCUUAUGCGGAGGAUACGAAAGGAAAUGAGAUAUAUACAGUGCAUGUUAUUGAUGCUGAGACUGGAGCUUUGGUGGGUGAGACUCUAACUGGUACGACGUCGUAUAUUGAAUGGGCUGGUGGUUCGGCUCUGGUGUAUAUCACCAUGGAUGCGAUUCUUCGCCCAGAUAAGGUGUGGUUGCAUAAGUUGGGCACAGAACAAUCAAAUGACACGUUACUUUAUCAUGAGAAGGAUGAAACUUUCUCGGUCGAUCUUCAAGCUUCUGAGAGCAAGAAAUUUUUGUUUGUUGCAUCUGAGAGUAAAACAACAAGGUUCAACUUUUACCUUGAUGUUUCAAAGCCUGAAGAUGGGUUGGUGGUUCUUACACCUCGUGUAGAUGGCAUUGAUACAUCUGUCAGCCAUCGAGGGAAUCAUUUUUUCAUUACCAGGCGAAGUGAAGAAUUAUUCAAUUCUGAAUUAGUUGCUUGUCCACGGGAUAAUGUAUCUGAGACAGCACUUCUUAUUCCCCAUAGAGAAAGUGUAAAAAUUCAGGAUGUUCAACUGUUUAUUGAUCACCUCGUUGUAUGUGAGCGUGAGGAUGGUCUACCAAAGAUAACUAUUUAUGGCCUUCCAAAUGUUGGAGAACCACUUAGCGGACUUCAGGGUGGUCGCACCGUUGAUUUUUUGGAUCCUACAUACUCAGCGUAUCCUACAGAAUCAGAAUUUUCUUCCUCCAUUUUAAGAUUCUCCUAUAGCUCAAUGAAGACACCUAGAUCAGUAUAUGAUUAUGACAUGAAGACAGGCAUUUCAGUUUUGAAAAAGAUUGAACCUGUUUUGGGUGGUUUUGAUGUGUCUCAUUAUGUGACUGAGAGGAAAUGGGCCAGUGCUCCAGAUGGCACUCAGAUUCCAAUGUCAAUUGUCUAUCGGAAGGAUUUGGUGAAACUUGAUGGUUCUGAUCCAUUACUACUCUAUGGCUACGGCUCUUAUGAGGCAUGUAUAGAUCCCGGUUUCCAGUCUGCAAGAUUGUCUUUGCUAGAUCGAGGAUUUGUUUUUGCUAUAGCUCACAUUCGUGGAGGUGGUGAAAUGGGUAGGCAGUGGUAUGAGAAUGGGAAGUUGUUGAAGAAGAAAAAUACUUUCACAGAUUUCAUUGCUUGUGCUGAGCAUUUAAUAGCAGAAAAAUACUGCUCAAAAGAAAGAUUGUGUAUUGAAGGAAGAAGUGCAGGAGGGUUACUUAUGGGUGCUGUUCUUAACAUGAGGCCUGAUUUGUUUAAGGCAGCUGUUGCUGGAGUACCUUUUGUAGAUGUUGUGACUACAAUGCUUGAUCCAACUAUCCCGCUCACAACCGCCGAGUGGGAGGAAUGGGGUGACCCUCGAAAGGAGGAAUUCUAUUUUUACAUGAAGUCAUAUUCUCCCGUCGAUAAUGUUAAAGCUCAAAAUUAUCCACACAUUCUUGUUACAGCUGGUCUAAAUGAUCCACGGGUUAUGUAUUCAGAACCUGCCAAGUUUGUAGCAAAACUAAGGGAACUGAAGACUGAUGAUAACACCCUGCUGUUUAAAUGUGAACUUGGUGCUGGGCAUUUUUCGAAGUCAGGGAGAUUUGAGAAGCUCCAAGAAGAUGCUUUCACAUUUACUUUCCUAAUGAAGGCUCUCAAUAUGAUUCCUGUCUAGAAAGAGGUUUGAAGUGUAACCCAUGAAAUUUAUGCAUUUUUUAAGGUGGUGCAAAUAAUUAUUAGGGAUUUCAGUUUAAAUUCCACUCGAGGUUUUCGUUGUAUGGCAAUAUGGUCUGUAUAAUUUUAUUUUUCUUUGCAUUCUAUACCCUACCUUCCCCUAAGAAAUGGAAUUGCAAAAACUAAAAGAUUAUCAAAUAUAGAAAAAUGUCAUUUUAUUGGA